CUACAUUCCGCAACCCGCUUGUGCACCCUACUCUGCCACAAUAUCCAUACAGCCUCCCCAGUCUUCACUUUCAAGUCCGAAUCAAACCAUUUUCGUUUCUCGUUGGAGACUUCAAAAAGUCACGCUCGAUAACUUACAACCUCCCACCAUCUUUGCAACAAUGGCUGGACGCGGAAGACGCCUUGCAACCGGCGCCAUCGUCGGUAUCGCCAUUGCCGGUUUCCUCUUCAUCGCUUUCUGGGUCCUCUGCUGCUAUUGCUGUUGCUUCCGAAACAAGCGCAAGCAGCAGCGCGGCCGCCAAGCGCACCCCGUCGGCGGCGGCGGCGGGGGCAUGUUCUCCCGGUUCAUGCCCGGACGCCAGCGCCAAGGCCCGGGAAUGAUGGAGUCCGGGUACGGACACGGACAUCACGGCGUCGCCCAACCGGCCCCGUCGCAUGGAUACAGAUAAG